CCAGCAGGGGGAGUAGUGCCCCGUUCACAGUCCUGUGUUAUCAUAGAGGAAGAGAGCAGCGACGACAACAAUAACAACAACAGCGUUUGGCAGCUGUGCGGUUAUUGCCUAAUGUGAGCUAACAAAUUAACAUUAAACAUUAUAAAAUCACUUUGAUUUAUUUGUUUAGCAUCAGAGCAACACGUUGGAUCUUAAUGAUCUAGACCAUAAAACUCCUGAAGAUAUCAGAAAAGCAGCACUGAACUCUUCUCUGGCAUCAUGGCCCAACAGAGAGGAGUCAACAGCCUUCAGUUCAACCAGGACCAGAGUUGUUUCUGCUGUGCCAUGGAAACAGGUGUUCGUAUUUACAAUGUGGAACCUUUAAUGGAAAAGGGCCAUUUAGAUCACGAGCAGGUGGGCAGCAUUGCUCUGUGUUCAAUGCUUCAUCGAUCAAACCUCUUGGCUGUGGUGGGAGGCGGCGUCAACCCCAAAUUCUCUGAAAUCUCUGUAUUAAUUUGGGAUGAUGCUCGGGAAGUGCGAGACCCUAAGGACAAAUUAGUCCUUGAGUUCACUUUCACCAAACCAGUGCUGGCUGUGCGCAUGAGACAUGACAAAAUCAUCAUUGUCCUGAAAAACAGGAUCUACGUGUAUAGUUUUCCUGACAACCCAGUCAAGCUGUUUGAGUUUGACACUCGAGAUAACCCGAAAGGUUUGUGUGACCUGUGCCCUAGUUUGGAAAAGCAGUUGUUGGUUUUCCCUGGGCACAAAUGUGGCAGCCUGCAGUUAGUGGACCUUUCCAACACCAAACCUGGCUCAUCAUCUGCUCCUUUCACUAUCAACGCCCACCAGAGUGAAAUCGCCUGUCUGGCACUGAACCAGCCUGGCAGUGUGGUUGCGUCUGCGUCCAGAAAAGGCACGCUGAUCCGUCUGUUUGACACUACAACACGAGACAAGCUAGUGGAACUACGAAGAGGAACCGACCCUGCUACGCUCUACUGUAUUAAUUUCAGCCAUGACUCAUCCUUUCUGUGUGCAUCGAGUGACAAGGGAACUGUGCACAUAUUUGCUCUGAAAGACACCAAACUGAACCGGCGUUCUGCUUUGGCGCGAGUAGGAAAGGUGGGUCCGGUCAUCGGGCAGUAUGUGGACAGUCAGUGGUCUCUGGCUAAUUUCACGGUGCCGGCUGAGUGCGCUUGCAUCUGUGCCUUUGGGAAGAACACCUCCAAAAAUGUCAACUCUGUUAUUGCCAUAUGUGUUGAUGGGACAUUCCACAAGUACGUCUUCAGCCCUGAUGGAAACUGCAACCGCGAGGCUUUCGACGUGUAUCUGGACAUUUGCGAUGAUGAUGAUUUCUAAAGCUGGAGAUUGAGCUGUGACUAAUGUAAAAUAGUAGCCUCUUUAACAGUGAACUCUGCUGGUUGUUCCUCAUGCUUAUUUCUGUGAGAUUACGUUACUGCCUUGUAUAAUCAAAUGUACAUAAAAUCGGUCUGUGAGUAAAUUCUUGUCUUGUUAACUUAUAUCUUAUCACUCCACAUGCAGGAGUUUCAAAGUCUGUGAUCGUUUACUUGUUCUUCAGAGAUACUCAACCUUUGAACACUUUUGAAUGAUUUCUCAUCAUUCUUUGUGCUGUUGGUGUCCUGUUACUCUUAAGGAAUAAGGUUCCUCAACCUUAAAGGAACUUUAUUUAUGAAUCAAUACAGGCUUUUGGGACUAAAUAUAUAUAGAACAGGGUUUUGGCUUUAUGGUGUAUUUUAUAU